AUGAAAAAAACAACUCACAGUUGCUUCUUACUGAUCAUCCUUCUAAUGAGAAUGGUUCCAAGUCUUUCUUCUACUGUAAAUUAUACUGAUCCUACAUUAGAGCCUGUAGUAACUGAAAAUUCAAUCAUACGACAGAAGAUAAUAGAUUCGCAGUUUAAAUGCUAUGAGAGGAUGAACAGAGCUCCUCCGUAUAAGAAAAAAGGUCUGUUCUGCAACCGAACCUGGGAUGGCUGGUUGUGCUGGGACGACACACCUGCAGGAAGAAUCAGUGCUCAAAAUUGUCCAGAUUAUUUUCCAGACUUUGAUCCAACUGAGAGAGCCUCAAAGUAUUGUGAUGAAACUGGAAACUGGUUCCGCCAUCCUGAGAGCAACCGAACUUGGUCCAACUAUACCCUGUGCAACUCUUUCACCUCUGAAAAACUGAAGAUGGCGUUCAUACUUUAUUAUAUGGCAAUUGUUGGCCAUGCUUUGUCUAUAACAUCCCUGUUGAUUUCCUUGGCAAUUUUCUUCUAUUUCAAGAGCCUCAGCUGUCAAAGGAUAACACUGCAUAAGAAUUUGUUUUUUUCUUAUGUGCUGAACUCCAUGUUUACAAUUGCCCACCUCAUUGCUGUUGUGCCUAACCCUGGCCUUGUAAAAAGGGAUCCUGUAAGCUGCAAAGUGCUGCAAUUCUUUCACCAGUACAUGUUGGGCUGCAACUACUUCUGGAUGCUCUGCGAAGGCAUUUAUCUUCACACGUUGAUUGUGGUGGCAGUGUUUGCGGAAGAGCAGCGUUUGCACUGGUAUUACCUUUUGGGCUGGGGGUUCCCUUUAGUGCCAGCAUCUAUUCAUGCUGUUGCAAGAGCCAAAUACUUCAAUGACAACUGCUGGAUGAGCGUUGAUACACACUUGCUCUAUAUUGUUCAUGGACCGGUAAUGGCAGCUUUAUUGGUCAAUUUUUUCUUUUUGCUUAACAUUGUCCGAGUUCUGGUGACAAAGCUAAGAGAUACCCACCGUGCUGAGUCCAACAUGUAUAUGAAAGCUGUCAGGGCCACUUUAAUCCUGGUGCCCCUACUAGGAAUUCAGUUUGUUAUUAUUCCCUGGAGACCAGAAAACAGACUUGCUGGAGAAAUAUAUGAUUACAUCAUGCAUAUAUUAAUGCAUUAUCAGGGCUUACUUGUGGCAACUAUAUUCUGCUUCUUCAAUGGUGAGGUGCAAGGAGCAUUGAAGAGACAAUGGACACAGUACAAAACCCAGUGGGGCCAAAGGCGCCGAGAGCACUGUUCCACACGAUCUACCUCCUACACUGCAACAUCAAUCACAGAGGUCCCUGUUUACCUGUUCCAUCAUGAUUCCAACAAUGAACAAUUAAAUGGAAGAUAUGUAGAGGACUCUGAACUUGUUGCAUUAAAACCUGGAGAGACAUCUGCCUAG